AUCAUUUUCUUCUGCUUGUAAUUUAUUUCUGCGAUUUAUAUCACACCAUCCUGCGAAAUAGGGUUUGAUGGAGACUCAGUGGAUCACCGAGCUUCCCCACACAAACAUGAAUAAACGCCCUAGGAAACGGCCCAGGUUAACAUGGGAUAUGCCCCCUUCUAUUCCAACUCCCAAGGUUCUUCCAGCAAUGUUCUGUGGGCAAGAGUUUGUGAGUGUAGCGAUCUCCAACUAUGGAUAUUCUUCCUUGAACUACAAGGGACUGCCUCGCUACGGAUCUCCGCCUUUACGAAAUGAUGAUAAAGACGGCCAUUAUGUCUUUGUUAUUGGAGAAAAUUUAACUCCUCGAUACCGGAUUCUGAGCAAAAUGGGUGAAGGGACAUUUGGACAAGUGUUGGAAUGUUUGGAUAAUGAAACUCAAGAGCUUGUGGCAAUUAAAAUUGUGCGUUCCAUUCUCAAGUAUCGUGAAGCUGCUAUGAUUGAAAUCGAUGUUCUGCAGAAGCUUGCCGAACAUGACAUUGGUGGUAGUCGUUGUGUGCAAAUACGGAAUUGGUUUGACUAUCGUAAUCAUAUUUGUAUUGUAUUUGAGAAGCUUGGACCAAGCUUAUACGAUUUUCUCCGCAAAAACAGCUAUCGUUCUUUUCCCAUUGAUCUUGUUCGGGAGUUUGGCAGACAACUUUUGGAGUCUGUAGCAUUUAUGCAUGAUCUGAGAUUAAUUCACACAGAUCUGAAACCAGAAAAUAUUCUUCUUGUUUCCUCAGAGUUUGUCAAGGUGCCUGAUUAUAAGUUUCUGCCACGGUCAACCAAGGAGGCCUCCUACUUCAAGAACCUGCCCAAGUCUAGUGCCAUUAAACUGAUUGAUUUUGGAAGUACAACGUUUGAACAUCAAGAUCACAGUUAUGUGGUGUCAACACGGCAUUAUCGUGCACCAGAGGUUAUCUUGGGGCUUGGGUGGAAUUAUCCUUGUGAUUUAUGGAGUGUGGGUUGCAUACUCCUUGAACUUUGCUCGGGUGAGGCCCUCUUCCAAACUCAUGAAAACUUGGAACAUCUUGCCAUGAUGGAAAGAGUUUUAGGCCCUUUGCCACACCAUAUGGUGAUUAGAGCCGACCGUCGUGCUGAGAAAUAUUUCAGGAGGGGUGCACGAUUGGAUUGGCCAGAAGGUGCAGCGUCAAAGGAAAGCAUGAGGGCUGUUUGGAAAUUGCCCCGGUUACAGAACCUGGUAAUGCUGCAUGUAGAUCACUCUGCUGGAGAUCUAAUUGAUCUUUUGCAAGGCCUCCUCCGCUAUGAUCCGAAAGAUCGGCUCAAGGCAAGAGAAGCACUAAGACAUCCCUUCUUCAGAAGAGACUCAAGAAGGUGUGGCUAUUCGUUGUAGCUUUAAGGGCUUUUUUACCUUUGAACAAUUCCAAUCCAAGUUUAUAGUGAGCAUGAGUGCCUAUAGAC